CCGGGACACUUUCCUGGGUGUCUGCGAGGGCAUGCACCUCCAAGACUCACAUUGUGGCUGAGGAAACUGCGUCUUCUGCCCUUCGGUGUCGCUGUCUUUCUCUUGUAUAGGUGAAUUACUGGCCCGUCUCUUGCUUCUUGCAUCUCCCUACUUGCGUCUUUUUCUAGCCAGAGCUUCCUGGCGCAUUUCUGAGCCGUCGCAGCUUGUGGCCGCUCUCGCUCGACUUCUGUAUGUACCCUUGUCACACUCGGGGGCUUUCGCCCCUUCCGAGUGACCAGAAAUGGCGUGCUUCCCGUGUGUGUUCUUGCCCAUGGUGUCGGCCAAGACAACACAAAAACACUUUUUCCCCGAAGCCGGUCGUGCUGCCUGAAGUGCACGUCCAUGUACUGGCACUCUGCGCUUCACUAAUACCUCGGCCUCUGUGCACCAGUGGUGAUGCUCGGAUAUGUUGUUAUGUUUGUUAGAGGCUAACUACCCGGCGAAACGCCCCUUUCCUUUGUAACACGCUUCUCUUCUCGUUAGUAUAUUUGACGGGAUCUCCUCUCCAGGCUCUGCGCGUGAUGGGAAGCGCUUUCCGUGGCAGUCGACAUUUCGAGUAACGCUGCACACUGCAGAUAUUUGUAUGACGUGAUUCACGGCGGUAUCAACUUGUGUUUUGCCCGUUGUCAUGAGCAAAAAGGCAGCGUUGCCUCUUUUUCCGGAAACACGUGAGCACAUCGCAUUCUCUGGUUGAGCGGAACUCGACAGAAUGGACGGCUCCGGUGAAAGCAGCGGGCACCUCUUUAAGCCAGGCCACGGUGAAGCUCGGGUGUCUGUACACCGCGGAUCGCUAACUGACUCUGGCAGUCUGCCUGCUGCCAGUCGCUGCCACUCCCAGGACAACAAACUCUCGCUUCCGUGUGCAGGCAGUAUGCUCCCCGCAAGUUCUGGCCGCUUCUCCUGCGAUUCCGCUCUCUUUGGGGGACCAGUCGACUCUGCGUGCUCGUCCGAUUGGACUCCCGUCGUUUCCCCUUCACGCGACCUUUCCGCAGAUGGCACAGACAGCUCCUCUGUCUCCGGCUCGAGGGGUUCUUCUCUGCCCUUCGGUUCUCCGACUUCCGCACUCUUGCGGCCUUCCUCAGAGGCCUCGGCGAACUUCCCUAGACUGCACAAGAGUGUGCAUGCGCUGGACGACAAAAUGCGCGGCCUCGACGCUCAGCUGUAUGUUCGCCCGCACCAGACACUGCCGCUGCAGCCCCGCCUCCGCGAGACAGACCUCUGUCGCAAUGGCGAGGACGGAAGACCCGGGAAAUUCGAUUCUCCACACCUCGGCAGCAGCGCUGGCCCCUACGGGCAUUCGUUUCUUGCGAAUCCCCAACUGACACCCUUCGUGCCACAACACCUGUCUUCCUCUCCGCCGCAGCCGGUGCUUUCGCCUCCCGGAGAAGAAGGGAGAAACUCGGCUGCUUUUGGAAAAACCGUCUCUCGUCUCAACACUGGCGGCGGGGAAAGACAAGACUCGAGCGAGGACCAGGUCGGGGGCACUGGGCGACAGUCCGACCAAGCUACGAAAGCGAACUCCGGAUCAACUCCCGCCGGGUGUGCGCAGACGGCUGGACUUCUGACCGAUGUCCAGUCCUCAGGGACGAACGUGGAGCAUGGGAGAGAACAUUUUUCAACUCCACAAAAACCUGCAGAUGGUUCGGCGCGGACAUGCGGUUUCCGAGAGACUCGCGUCUCGCCUUCGAAUUCGUCGCUCCCACGAACUGCAUGCAGGUCACGACUAGACGCUUUUCUGCCUCAGAAAUCGGUUUCACCAGACCACGAACAUGUGCGUGGCACCGGAGGCGCGCGAGCGUUUGUCGGAGGCGAUUCGCCGUUCCCAGAGAAACCGGAUACCUUGCCAGCGACGGUAACCGCAGAAUUAGCUACUGAGGCACCGCCGGCCAGCCGCGACCCCCCUGUCGAGGAGUUCCCUGGUGCACAUGAACUUGAGAGCUUGCCCCCGCCUCACGUGAACUCUGGCCGGCCACCAAUCGGAGAGAAGGACGGUGCGGCCGCCUCGCCGGGGGUCUCUCGCCUGCCUUCGCAGGAACGUGUACAUACACUUCUCUAUCCGAAUGAGAAGGACGCGUCUUCGCUCUCGAGGUGCUGUCCGUCUUCGAUGCAGCCGCCGCCGGCGGGCCCUAGGCAGGAAGAAGCGCGCUCGUUCUCUGUCUCGGCUGCAUCGGCUCCAGGCGCUCCUCCAGGAAUCGUUUAUCAAGCCUCUGCAUGCGCCUCUCCCGCCACGGUCGCUUCCUUCGCCACUCCCCUCACGACCCCUGUGGGAGCUUCUGCGCAGUCAGAGCCCGCAGCUUUGCAUGCACACUCUCGAAGCCGUACGGGCGCCCACCCAGAGGCCUUGCCUCCAGGCGUCCCCGGCGUCACGAGCCAGCUAGGUCGAGGAGCCAGAGGAGACAGAGAGACCCUGGCCGGGGGUGCCAGGCCCGGACAGGAUGGUGUGUGCGAGCGACGCGGAGACGUGGCGAGGGGGAGGCUCGGGGGUGUCUCCGUCGCUGGAGACGAGGCGGCGGAGGGAACGUCUCACAAGGCAGCUCUGGAGGGGGCGUAUGUCCAAGACGGGUGUUCUCCUCAGCCUUUGAACCCUCACGCACCCAGUGGCAUAUCUGCCCCCACCAACGGCUCUUCAGAGCUCGCUUCUUCUGCGAUUCCAGCGUCGACGUGUCAUGAUGCCUUUGUGCGUUCGCCGGUUUCGGGCAGCGACUGCAUGUCAGUCGCGAACCCAGGAGGCCCCCCAGGGGCGCUCGGGGGCCUCUUCCCGAGUCCACGCGGGCCUAGUGGCCCCCGGCCAACUCCACAUCCCGCACAGAUGGCGUUUGCCUUUGUAGGGCAACAACCGGUUUUUCCGGGAUUCGACGCAUCGCAGCCCGCAGGGUCUACUUUUCAAUAUCCCCCCAUUCGUGGAGCUGUCUCUGGGGUGUCUCCCCCGCCUCCUAUGCACCCUUCCUCCUUUGCGCAGCCUGUCUGGUCUCCAACUUCUGUUCCUUCUUCUUCUGUCUCGUCUUCUGUUUCCUCCUCUGGCGUCUCUUCUUCGGCGCCUCCGCCUCUGGCAGUGGGCUUUCAGAAUCCAUGUCCGUGGCGGCCGACAGCUCCCCGGGACCGGAGCGAGGGGGGCGCGGGAUCUCCAGGAGUCUCAUGUGGGUCCGCGCCUCCGGCCCCCACACACCCCACAGGAAAAGGAGGAGCGGCGGGGCGCGCCGGGAAGCAGCUGGGGCAGGCGACCCGGUUUCUGUCGUCGGUCUCUGGGGUCGUGUACGACAAGGGCGGGGAGAAGUGGAUAGCGCGGUGGAGCGAGAACGGGAAGCCGUUCAAGAAGACCUUCGCUGUCGGAAAGCAUGGCUUCGACGCGGCGAGGAAGAUGGCGGAGGACUGUCGCCUUCAGGCCCUAUACGCGAAGCGGUGGAACAGUGCCUCCGGACUUCCUGCGAGCUUUUCAAAGAGCAAUUCUCUGGGUCGCUCGACGCCCGGCGACAGGGGCAAGACCGAAUCCACCAACUCCGCGAAAUGCAAACGCGACACGUCCGGGGAAUCCGGGUGUACAGACACCGGGCUCAGGUCCUUGCACAUGGGGGGCGCCGGCGACCUUUCUUCUCUCGGCCACCCUGGAACGCCUCCCAGAGACCAGGAAGGAGCUCCGGCUUCGUUCCUGCUCGAGGGAACUGGCGUCGUCCGCAGCUCGCAGGUCCAGACGCCGUUUCGCCUCUACGACAGCGUUCCUUCUCCUCUUCGCUCUGGAGAUGCCCUUGGCGCUCAGCGUGGAUUGGUGCCUCAGCUGCUGAACAAUGCUCUCGUGGGGGUCCCGUUUGCCCCACCGCCUGGUGCUUCGCACUCGGGAUGCUCUGCGGCCUUGCCUCCCGGGCCAGGUGCCCCGGUACAGGUCUCUUCGCCUCACACAGGGUUUGUUGCCCCAGCCGACGUGGAUGCUCCACCCCGGGACGGUUUGGAGGGCCUUGGCGGGGCAGCCGAGGUGUCUCCUCAAAUCGCCGUCCAAGACGGUGGGAAGAAGGGCGAGGGACUGCUUGGGUCGGCCUCCUUGAGUGUUCGGCGGCGGAGGAAGCGGGAGCCGGAUGAGAAGUUCAGUCCUGGAGAGAGCAACGCAGCGGUGAAGAAGACGCCGAGGCCGGGGUCUUUCCACCCUCAUUCAUGUCCAGGAUCCGAGGGAUUUCGAAGCCACGAUGGACCUGGAGAUUCAACAGAAGCUCGAUGCGCGGGCCUCCCAGCUUUCCAACAUGCGACAGCCCCCUCUUCUGUAUGCUGGCCGUCGACAGCUUCUCUGCCUUCGCUCGACAAAGCAGGGCAAAGAGCCGAGCACGCUGGACCUUCUGCUUUCUCGUCUUUUUCGUCUGUGCAGCAGUCCCCUGGGUCUGUCGAGACGUGGAGACCGGAGGGCGACGGAGGGCCUGCGUCUCCGGCUCGAGACGCGGGGCGCCGUGGCGCGGAGUCGGAGGAGCGGGAGACGGGCGAGCUUGCAGGACCUUUCGCAGGAGUCUCUGCCUCCGCUGGAUCUGCAUCUCGGAAGGGACAGCAGAAGCAGCUGACCCGGCAAAUUCAGCGACAGCAACAGCUCUACCGUCAACAGGAGGCGUUGCUCCAGAACCAAGAGGAGCUCUUCUCGCGACUGCUGCGCCGUCGCUCUCGACAAGAAAGAAGCGACGUUCGACGCCGCAUGCAGCGAGACGUCUCGUCGCUUCGGCGCCUCCCGGCCAUGCUGCUGUCUCCCCUCAGAGACACCUUGGUGGCCUCUGCUGCCCGGUUGCCUCUGGCGACGAGGGGCACAAAGCGCGAAAGCCAGAAAGAGCGGAGAGACUGCGGGGCUGGAAUCGGAGGCGAGACUGCUUCGGAGAAGAAAGAGAUGGCUGAGCCAGUGAGAGUCCACCGGCGAGACAGAGGAGGCGCAAGAGAUGAAGAAAAGCCUUCGACAGAAGGAGUGAGGCAGGCCGAUCCCAAAGGAAGAAAAGCAGAAGGUUUUCCGACCUGGGUAAUCCCCCCAAAUGAAGAACUCAAGGCGGCGCAGGUCUUGCGCGCCCUCAGAGUCCAGCGGCGAGCCGCCGCCCGAGAAGGCAAGCUCCUUGAAUCCCUCCUCGUACACAGGGGGGAAGGAGAAGGAACUUUUUCUGAGGAGACAGAAGGCAAUACGGGGAUAGAGGAUGCUGGGACCGAAUCCGAUGCGACGGUCACACAGGAGACAGCGGAGAAAGUCGUUGAAAACGUCCAGAAAAUGGAGGAACUCGAGAGCAAAGUAGAAAAGGAAAAUGAACGGAGAAGGGAGGCCGAAGACGAGACACCAAAGCAGAGCAGUGAAGAAGCGCCUGGCGUUCAGCAGUCCCCACACAAGCUCUCGACCAACAAUGAAAAUGACGCCUCGCCCCAGAAACUCACAAAGAGCGUGCGUUUCGCGGAGAGUGUCGCCGGGUCGAGCUCUGCCGUACAGACAGCUGGCGCGGCUGACGAAGAGCCUCUCGCCACAGAAACGCUCGAAGGAAGACGCGUCGGAGGAAUUCCUGUUCCAGCGACGUCGUCUCCGGCUCCAGUCUUCCCAUGCACUGCGGCGCAGCUCGGCGAUCUUUGCAUGGACACACUGUACGCUCUGGGGACCGUGCGUCCUCAGUGGCGACGGCAGGACCACCGCCGGGCCUUUGGAUGGCACUUGUCGCAGAUAAAGCCAGACCUGAUUUUGCCAUCUCUGCAUGCGUCGCGCGUCCUUCGCCGUUUGUCGCCCAGACCCUCUAACGCCGUCGAGUUUCCUCGCGAAGAACUCGCAGCUGCAUCCAGUGCGGCUGGCCUGGUGUACGGCGAGGGGCUGUCGUCACACCACACGCUACGGAGCUACGUGGACGCGUUUCGUCCUCUCUUCUCGUCGCCUUCGUCGCCGCCGCUGGAGUUCCUUCACCUCUCCUCUGGAGACCUGUUGAUGUCCCUCUGGCAACUGGAAGAAGGCGGAAGGGCGGCGGUCAUCGACAACGUCCUCCUCGCUCUCGACGCGCUGUACGAACGCCAUACGGGGCGGAGACUCCGAGGGACCGCACCGCCGCCGUUUGCGGUUUCCAGUCCUUCUUCGGCACCUUCCUCGCUCUUUGCUUUGGCGCAUCUCCAGGGCGGAGCGACGAGCACGACGCCGUUGCCCGCGACUGCGCUGCCUUCGCCUCCUUUUCCCAGAGUCUCCUCGGCGCCAGACUCUCCCGUCUUUGCCCCUGACGCCUCGCAUGGGCCUUCACAGCGGCGGCAGGUGUCUCCGCAUGUGACGUUUGAGACGCCACCGACGCACCCGAGAGACCGUGACUCGGAGACAAGUGUGGAGAGAAACGCGAGUCCGGAGGCGAGUCCUCAAGCAGCGACUCUCGCUGCACCUGCACCUUGUGACGGCGACCGUGAAGAGAACUUUGUGCUCGCCUACAAUCCCGAGGCGAAGGCGUUGAGGCAAGUCAACUUCCUCGCGGUCGGAGUUCGGGUGUUCCUACACCUCGAAGUCGUCGAAGAGAUGCUCCACCUCCAAGCAAAGAUGCAACGUACCCCAGGCCGAGACGACAGAGCGACCGCUUCCUCAGGGCCUUCUGUGGACGACGGCUCCGGUUUAAUGACGAGUUUGCCUUCGACUUGUUCUGGCGUAUCUGGGAAGAAGGACCCAAUGCAUUGGUCUGCUCUCUUCGUGACUGUGCCGGCUCCAAGUGUCUCGACAGCUGCGUCGAAGCCGCUGUUCGUGGUGGCCGAGAUGGUCGACCGGCGCCUUCAAGUCCCAUGCGGUGAGCAGCUUCUCUUCCGGCCGCUGCCGCUCUCCCCGGCGGCGCCUUCUGCUCUCCUUGCCUUCGCGCCUGCGCGAGUCUGUCAGCUUCUGCGGGCGGGCGCGAUGUGUCUGACGCGCUUCACCGAGAAAGAAGGAGGCAAGAGACCGCGAGGCAGUGCCCAGCGCUGUAGCGCGGCCUCCUCGUUCUUCUACAGUCCCCCGCCUCUCGACCUUUCUCACCUCGCCUCCUUCGCGCCCGCGGCGUCCACGCUGACUCCGCCUUCGUCUCCCGCGUCGUCGCCUUCAGCCUCGGCCUCGCAGACUGGACCGGGAAGAGCCAAAAGCCGAGGAACCUCCCCGGUUGGCCCUGAGAGUCCUGAGGCUGCCAGCACAACUUCCGACGGCCUGGCGGUGCCUGGAUCGGCCUCGGCGGUCUCGACGCCUGGGGUGCCAGCUGGGGCUUCAGGCGCGUCUUUGGGGGCGCCGGCACCGUCGCCGAUGGCUUCUCCCGGGGGGUCUCCAGGGCGCCCGCCGAAGCCGGUGUGUUGUCCGGCGGCACCGGGGAUUGAGACAGCGUGGCGAUGCAAGUGCAGCCACCGGCGGCAUGAGCUUCAGUUGGAAAUCAAGCAGAAGUUGAGGCAGGACAAGAAGCGGUGUUUGGCGCUGAUUCGGGAGUACCCGGAUCUGUCUCUCCUCGUCGGGGCGCCCCCGGCGACCCCCCGUGAGAAGGAGACCGGUGCGAAGCGCCAAGCGCCCGAGGGCCGCCGCACGGCGACCCCCAGUGGCUCUGGGACUCUGACCGCGAAAGGCGGGGACCUUCAAGGUUCGACGCCGAGCGGUGCGGGGCUCCUCUCCUUGGCGCGGACGUCGCAACUCGAAAUGCUUGCGUACUUGGUUGAAGUCGACCCUUGGAAGUACGCGAAGAAUCGACAAGACGCGCCGAAGCCGGAAGAGAUUCCCGGCCUGCUGGCAAAGUACAAGGCCGCUGUGCGGACUGCAGAGUACGGCCGAAUGCUUCAAAAGUGGAGGGCAGGACAGAGCCGCGAGGACGAAGGGCGAGGCGGCGCGGACGGGAGGAAAGAGGGCGACGGACUUCUUUCCCCGACGGCGUCGCCUCCGAGUCGCCGAAAGCAAGGAAAAGACUCUUCUCCCAAUUCCGCCUCAUCUCAGGCUUCGGGACCUGCCCCGAGUCCUUCUCUCUCGCCGGGCGCUGGAGCCGCCGCGGUCCUGGAGGCCGAGAAGCCGGAGCCCCAGAGCCCACAGGAGUCUCCAUGUCCCCUCGAGCCUGCGGCAGGCCAGGAGCCGCGCGCGACCUCUUCGGCUCUCCCGGCCGGCUCGCCGCCUUGGGCGCUUCCCCUCGUCCCGCCAGGGGGCUCGCCGCGUGCUUCAGUGUCUCCGUCGGUGCUCGAGGAGCUCCUUCGAAUUCAGACGGCGAUGUCGCAGCUGGCGAUCGGCACGGCGAUUUGUGUGCGCGUCAAGGCCCUCCUGGGUCUCCCCGCGGGCGCCGAGCAACACAUUCGUGGAGUCGUGACGAGAAACGCGCUGAAGUUUCCAUGGGAGAAACCUGCUGCUCCUCAAGUGCAGGCAGCCGGUCCGAGCGUCGGCGCCUCGCGGACGUCGCCCUCGCGGCGGCUUUCCGGCGGAGUUCUGCCCGGGGACGAGGCCGGCGAGAGGCGGGAGAAAGGCGGCGCGCGGCGAGGAGUGGCAGAGGGGGACACUGAGAAGAAGGAAGACGAGGGAACAGCUCUCUGUGCGGGCAGCAGGGAGACCGAGGCGGACGGCGCAGGGUACCUCACGCUGUCUCUCAACAACCGAAAAGAAGAAUUCAUUCUCAGCUUCCGCGAGGUCCAGUGCCUUGUCGCCCAAGACGACCUCCGUCUCGUCAGAACGCGCGCGCGACAGUGGGUCAGCUCCUUCGGACCGCAGCCCAGCGCAGACCGGAAGGGAGAACGAGAAGAAGAGAAGGAAACUGGGGGACGCACUCGCAAGUUCGUUGUUGACGAAGACUUUUAACGAAAAAGAGAAGGCAAGAGAAACACAGAGCGAGAGCGCGAGAAGGAGUGAGCGUGAGAGUGCUGUGUGGGGUAUGGGGUGCAGGGCCUUCUUGUGUUUUGCGGAGACGGACAUCGGGUCACGAGACGGUGCACUGUGCUGCAGACUUUGCGAGUCUGUGUUCCUGGUGAGUGUCAAAUGUCUACCGUCUCGACAAUGCGACGUAAUCCUGAGAUUGUUUGUGAGAGAAGGAGACACGCAUACGCAGUUCCUUCAGAAGUGACUUCUGCUCUUCGGAGUCACUACCUGUCAGGAUCUACUGCUUUCUGGGAAAUCUGUCGGAAGCGAAAAGAACUGGUUUAAUCAAGAGUGUCUCGGCCGCAGAUAAUAGAACGAGGUUAGGACGCGAGACUACUCAGUGGCCACCGGCUCUUGGAACCGAGAAACUGAACUCCAGGUUUUCUCGCAGGACCACUGCGACCAUCCACGUGCGUUCAUGCCUCUCUCUUCUCUCUUCUCACCAUUAUCUCUUCCCUCUCCUCCUCUUUCUUCUCUUUUUCUCUGGGGCUACUCACGUCACAAAAAGCAUGCCCUCGCUUCUGGUGGAACACACGACGAAACACAGGAAAUCGCCUUCGAAUGAAAACAGAGGAGACAGACAAGGCAGAGCGCAGAAGCCCAACGCCCUAACCACGAGGCAAAGACGUACCUAGAGGCUCCUUGGCAAGGGAUGCGCUUCGAAUUUGGAACGCGCCCUUGCUCGGGACGCGUUUCAGUCCCCCUGAUACAAUAGGAUAAGUCACUGCCAGCAUAGGAGCUGUAAAGAUGGUCGACUCUAUGACUUCAUCGAAUAUAACUGCACGCAGGUGAAUGCGACAGUUCAAACUGCAGCAAAAGGACUCCACUCAACAUCUUGUCCAUGUGAACGCCGGUUUCCGACUUUUAGAAACAAACACUAUUUCCAGCUGUCAACCUGAGGGGUCUCGAGAAGUCAAGAACUCCAUACGCGUUUCGUCCACCUAGAAGUUCCUGGGACAUCCAAGAACAUGUGUGUGGAUGCGGUGAGACACUGUCGUUUUUGAGUCGAAUUGCAUGCAGUGCAGACGAGAGUCCAGUUCUCGGCGCCUGUUUCUGCUUAUAUCUUGACGAUUUUCAUCCAGCGUUCAUUCUGGCUGCCUUUUUUGGGCGGGGAAAACGGGGGAGACUCUGCCUGGAAGUGGCGGACCAAAAGCUGGAGUGCCUUGAGUGUCUGUCUACGUGAAAGACUCGAAACGUUGCCAGG